AACAUGAAAUACCUGCAUAGGAAAGAUUUUAGUAUUUAGCAUAAGCCAAAAACCCAACAGAAUAAUCAAGGAACUAAUAUAACUACAUAUAAACUAAACGAUCGAUGUUAGAAAUGACACUUUCACAUAAACAUAUGAUAUUCCUUUAAAUGUUUAAAAUAAAUUUGGAAAACGCCUCUGGGUAACAGAUCCCAGUAGGCCUUUCCGUAACCUGAAUAUGUCUCGAAUUGUUUCAUUUCAGUUUCGUACUUUCACUCCUACCGGUAACACAUAAGUCUUCUCUAAGUAACUAGUCAACUGAAAAUAAAUCAAAAUCAAAAUUUUUAAAUUUUUCUAACGAAUAGUAUUUUUCUAAAAUGGAUAUAUUUAAUAUUCCAAAGAAAGUUAACCGGCACGUCUUUAAGGCAAUCUGCUUCCUGCAGGGUUCCAAGAAGGAAUUCGUUUCGACCGGAGCUAUUGCUAAGCAGGUUAAGAUCCAGAUGGCUAAAACUCGAGUCAAGCCCGUUCGUAACUUUGAUAAGACCAUCCAUGAGUCGCUGAAUAACUUGGCCAGCAUGGGCCUAGUAUCAAAGUCAGGAGGUAUUAAUGCCUACUCGGUGGCUUUCUCCCUUACUCAACCUCGGGUAUGCGCAAGUAAGGGACGGGCUGUUCCAAAAGCCGUCCCAAGUGUGCCCGGCAAUACUGCUUCUCGUGAAAAAGUAAAUAUUUUACAACGCAGGCGAAGCUUUACACGGAUGGACCCGGAUAAUGCAACCACUAAGCUGAUCACUCCAGACUCUCUUUCUGGAAACGAACAGGAAAAGGCUAGGAAGAUAUUCCGCACAACCAAGCGUCUGGUAAAAGAAAAGAAGGUAGUCCCGCCUCCAAAGAGAGCUUAUAAGAAAAAGCCAGGACGUGGUUUUAAGCCAAAGAAACUGGCUUUGAAAGCAAAGGAUAAAACUCAAUAUUAUCAACAAGUUGUGUGCAUGGAAUGUAGUCCCUGUGUAGAUUCUAACAUCGAUCCUGAAGUUGAAUUCAUCCCAAACACAAGCCAAGAUGUCGAUCAUUACAUGGAUGUCGAUCAAAAUGAUGAAGAGGAUGUAUACGACGAUAAGAAUAGCCAAACAACCUCGCGCCCUUUUGUAUUGGGCACUUUUAACCAAAUGCCCAAUGGCUUGUCUAUGGAAGACAAUCUUGAACAAAAAUCAUCCGGCCAUGAGCUGAAAUCUGUGGAUGCUGCGGCAGAUCUUCACCAAAGCAGUGCCUGCUCAAUGGUAUCGCUGAAAGAAAUGGAUUCCUGUAUGCAGAUUUGGUAUCCGGACCAAAUGUCCAUGGCAGCCCCUGUUGAAACACCUUCGUUUACAUCUGUGGGAAACAUAAAUUCUACUUCACAAACAAGUGUGGCCCAGGGUGCUCAAGAUUCAGUCGGCGAUAAAUCAAAUUCUCCAAGGACACUAGAAUCUAACCGUACCAAUCCCAGAGUAGCACCGACGUUUUUUAACCCGGAGUUUCUAGACGUACAUUAUAUGCGACAAAUGUUGUCAAGUGUGGGUACCAAUCAUUCGUACCCAACUCAAUCAACACAGGAACCGGGACUGAAUCUUUUAGCCGAAUCCUUACAUUGCCAAGACUCACGAGCCUCGUUUGGAGUUAAAUCGUCGGAGUCUGGACAGGAACCAGGACUUAAUCCUGUAACUGAAUCUCUACAUGGCCAAGAUUCGCGAGCCUCGUUUGGAGUUAAGUCGUCGGAGUCUGCACAGGAACCAGGACUGAAUCCUUUAGCCGAAUCUCUACAUGGACAAGAUGCGCCAACCUCGUUUGAAGCUAAAUCUGAAUCAGCACAGGAACCAAGUACUUCAAAAUCAGCUUUUGGUUCUGUAACCCCCCAGAGUAGCAAAUCUAAUUAUGAUUUUUAUAACUGAUUUAAGCUUAAAAUAGCAGAACUUGUAAACAUCUUUAGUGAAAAUUCAAAAAUAAAUCUGUAACGGUUUUUAGUGAGA